AUGAGCAAGCUCAACCCUGGAGAUAUGUCUACGUUUAACAUGCAACACGGAUAUUCGGAAGCUCUAGUGCGUGGUUAUAAAUCUGGAUUUUUGAAAGAUCAAGACUAUCAUCAUUUAUGUCAGUGCGAGACUCUGGAUGGUUUUCGUUUUUACCGGCUCUCUAUUGUAGAUGUGAAGUUGAACCUUCAGGAGACCGACUAUGGCAAUUUCCUUGCCGACGAGAGUUCACCUCUCCUCCCGAACGCAGUGCAAAAGCAUGCUAUGCAGAAACUAGCCGACCAGUGGAAUUUUAUGAGAGCGCAAGCCACUCAGCCCCUCGCUCAGUUCAUGGACUUUACCACAUACGAAUUCAUGAUCGACAAUAUCAUUCUCAUCAUCAAGUACUCUCUGAACGGCCAGACAAUCACCGCCGCGGAGUUGGAGAAGGAAUGCAACCCUCUCGGCAAGAUCCCGACGCAUAUCGUCAACGCGAUCUCUUCGUUCGACAACUCCCCCAAGGGCUACAGCGAUCUGUUCCACAUCAUCCUCGUGGAGCUUCCUGUGGGCAAGUAUUUCUGCGCCUACCUCAACGAGCAGUCGCGAAAAGGCGUUCUCUACGUACGUCCUUCGCUCUCUUUCCAUGCAGGGCGCUCCGCAAGUGAAGCAUCUUCUGGAAGAAGGCUCGCUAACGCUUCUCCAGCAAGGCGUGAUGCGGCUGUACCUCGAGGAUUUCUAUCGAUGGACGCAGACGCUGGGCGGACGAAGGCGGACACGCUGGCGAUCCACUUGAUUCUGAGCAGUUUCAACACGGCGUAUAACGAGCCGCAAAUGCGACCGAUUCGGAAGGCGUUGCUGCCAGCGUUCGGGUUUUUAUAUCCGGAAGGAUUGGAGGCGUUGAGCGAGGCGACGGAUGUGGAGUCGCUGGGACGCGUACUGGACAAAUACUGGGUGUAUCGACGGAUCUUCGAUGUGGCGAUCCAGAACGAGCAGAUGUCGGUGGAUGACGCGUUCUACCUGAACGAAGUGCGAUUGCUGGAGAGUGCGUUCGAUAGCCAGUUCCAUUUUGCGUGCUUCUACAGCUAUUGCCAUUUGAAGUUGCAGGAGAUUCGAAAUCUGGUGUGGAUCUGCGAGUGUAUUGUACAGAAGCAGAGAGCGAAGAUCGACAAGUAUAUUCCUAUUUUCAAUCCCAAUGCACCUUGGAGACAGGGAAAGCUAGGAAUUUGA